AUGGUUGAGAUGACUGAUACGGAUCGAAAGACGAUUCUUGAUGCUGUUAAUAAAAGACGCCGUGAUUUUGCAAAAAAUUAUCGCAUAGCAAAUAUGAAUGAGAUGACAUACGAUGUUGGAUUCGAAAAAAUAGCUGAAGGAAUCCCAUGUCAGACACAGGCAAACGACUAUAUGGUUGUAUGUUACUCGAAUGAUAGAGGCUGGAAGUCAAUUCUGGAAGUUAGGGGCUAUUUCGAAGACGAACCGACUAGAAAUCUUAUGAUACCCGUCCAGACUAAAUUUGGCUGCGUUAGUCUAAAAGAAUCAUGUUAUGGUCCCACAUGCCCAGUUACUGCCAGAUGUGUGGUUGGACCACAAAACGUUUUUCAAAACCGGGAUUUCAAAGGCGGAUGGCCUGGAACUAAAUGCCCAAGUGAUAGAGAUGAUACUGAUGGAUUGUGCACAUUGAAAAACUGA